AUGUUUGCCAGAAGUUUACCACGAUCAUUUAUAAAUUAUAGAACACAAAUAACAAGACCUAUUAAUUCAUCAUUUAUAAGAAGUAUAAGAAAUCUAUUUAUUCAAACAUCUGAAACACCUAAUGAACAAGCAUUAAAAUUCUUACCCCUGAUUCAAAUAUUGGGAGAAAAUCAAACUAAAGAAUUUUUAAGUGGUAGAGAAGCAGCUUGUUCACCACUUGCAGUUAAAUUAUUUAGUAUUGAUGGAAUUAAAUCAGUUAUGUAUGGAUCAGAUUUUAUAACUAUUGAAAAAUCAGAAAAUAUUGCAUGGCCAUUAUUAAAACCAGAAAUUUUUUCAAUUUUAACUGAAUAUUUAACUAAUGGAUCACCUAUAUUAUUAGAGAAUGAUAAAAAUGGAAUUAUAACUGAUGAUAUGGCAUUUGAUGAAGAUGAUGAUGAAGUUGUUUCAAUGAUUAAAGAAUUAAUUUUUACAAGAAUAAGACCAGCUAUUCAAGAUGAUGGUGGAGAUAUUGAAUUUAUUAAAUUUGAACCAGAUAAUGGUACUGUUUAUUUAAAAUUAAAAGGUGCUUGUCGUAGUUGUGAUUCAAGUUCUGUCACUUUAAAAAAUGGUAUUGAAAGUAUGUUGAAACAUUAUAUUGAAGAAGUUAAUUCAGUUGAACCUAUUGAUGAAGAAGAUCAAGAUCAAGAAAAAGUUGAUGCUAUUGUUGAAUCAGCAAAACUUAAUCCUCAAUCAAGAGGAAUUAAAGAAGAAGAUCAAGAAGAAUUAACUCAUCCACCAUCAUUGUAA